AUGUUCCGUAAAGGACUUAGUGAUAGUAGUAUGUCUGAAAGUACGUUUUAUGAUUCUGAUGCCGAUCCAGUGUACAAUGAAAAUGUUACUGAUGGUUCUUCAGACUCAUACAGUAGUGAAUAUGAGUCUCGUAGAAAAAAAGCUAAAAUUUGCAAACAAACACAAAAUUGCAAAGAAUUUACUGCAGGUUCUAGUUCUAACCAAAAGGAGGCUGAUACAAGGAUAGAAAAAGCUGACUCUGCAAACGUUAGCCUGGAAGCUGUUAUUGACGAUGUAUCAAGAAAUAAAAUAACUGCAGGUCCUAGUUGUAUCCAAAAGGAGGCUGAUACAAGAAGGAUAGAAAAAGCUGAAUCUGCAAACGUUAGCCUGGAAGCUGUUAUUGACGAUGUUGUAUCAAGAAAUAAAAUAACAUGGAGCGAUGUGCCAAAUCCAGAUGAUCUCAAUAAGUUCGAACUAUCAUUUACUUCAGGAAUAAAUCAGGAAGAACUCGCAAAACUUACAGACCACAAACCAAUAGAUUUCUACCUACUGUUUAUCGACCGUCAAGUGCAAGAUUUGUUGGUUACUGAAACUAAUAAAUACGCCGAACAAACCAUAAUCGCUGGUAUUGUAAAUGAGUCAAUAACGAAACAUUCGCUUAUGAGUAACUGGAGACCAAUUGACAGAAAAGAAUUGCUUCGAUUUUUGGCUCUCAUUAUUUGGAUGGGGUUAGACAGAAAACCGAAACUCAGAAAUUAUUGGAGUAACAAUUUACUUUACAAAAAUGAAGUUUCUAAAAUGUGUGAAAUAAGUAGAAGUCGAUUUGAAAUAUUAUUACACUUCUUUCACAUUUCAGAUAACGAGAGCUGCCCACCUGGAAACAGACUCUACAAAAUUUCUCCUCUUGUACAAAUACUAAAUGAAAAGUUUCAGAAAAUGUGUACUCCUAGAGAAUCGUUAUGUAUUGACGAAACUAUGGUGCCAUUUCGUGGUAGACUUAGUUUUUUGCAAUACAUUCCUGGAAAAAGACACAAAUAUGGAGUCAAAUUGUUUAAACUUUGCGUCGCAGAUGGAUAUACGUACGCCGUUAAAGUGUACGGUGGAAAAGAGAUGCAACCAUCUGAAAAGUCGUUAGCAUCCAGAGUGGUGAUGGAACUUAUGCAACCGCUUCUAGAUACAGGCAGAAGUUUAUAUACUGAUAAUUUUUAUACGAGUGUUGACUUGGCUCAUGAUUUAAAUAAUAGGAAAACCCAUUUAGUCGGAACAUUACGUUCCAAUAGGAAACAUAAUCCCAAAGCGGUAGUCAAUGCAAAAUUAAAAAGAGGUGACAUGAAGUAUCUACAGAGUAAUACAAAAGUUGUUAUCGGAAAAUGGAAAGAUAAACGGGACGUUUUGUUUUUAACGACCAAGGAUAUUCCUUUGAUGAUAGAUGUUCAAACAAAACGUGGACCUGUUCCCAAACCAUCGACCAUUGUUGACUAUAAUUCUGCAAAAUCUUUUAUCGAUGUGUCGGAUCAAAAGGCUGCAUAUAAUUCCCCUGUUCGACGAAGUAUGAAGUGGUAUCGUAAAUUGGCUGUGGAAUUACUAACAAAUACCGCACUUGUGAACUCUUUAGUUCUCUACAAAUCUGUUACUGGCAAACAUCUCUCAAUUACUGAGUUCCGUGAACAGAUUGUUCAAAGUCUUUUAAUGCCUCAAACAACUUCUGAAAACUCUUUAACAACUUCUGAAAACUCUUUAACAACUCUGCAUACGUUGGACGAGAAAGAGAAAAGGGGAAGGUGUUCAGCAUGUUACAAGAACUUUUCGAACCGUGAAGGAAGAGCAUCAGCGAUGAAGAAUGCCAAAAGGGUAUACACUUUUUGUCCGGCAUGUGCCGUUAAUACCGCAUAUAUGUGUGUUAAGUGUUUUGUGAAUAUUCAUACAUGUUCUUUGAAAAAAUAAAUU